AUGGGUGACUGGUCGCUGCUGAGCCGGAUCCUGGAGCAGGUGCACGAGCACUCGACGGCGGUGGGAAAAGUGUGGCUGACCGUCCUCUUCGUCUUCCGCAUGUUGGUGCUGGCGUCAGCGGCCGAGUCGGCCUGGGGGGACGAGCAGUCGGGGUUUACCUGCAACACCCGCCAGCCCGGCUGUGAGGCCGUCUGCUACGACCGGGCCUUCCCCAUCUCCCACGUCCGCCUCUGGGUCCUCCAGGUGGUCUUCGUCUCCACGCCUUCGCUGGCGUUCGUCGCCCACGCUCUGCAUUCCGUCCGACGACGCCGCGCCGAGGGGGAGGAGGGGCACGAGGAAGGGAAGGUGAAGAUCCGAGGCGCCCUCCUGCGCACCUACGUCUGCUGCGUGCUGGCGCGCUCCGCCCUGGAGCUGGCAUUCAUGGCGGGCCAGUACCUCCUGUAUGGGAUCUUCCUGAGCCCCGUGUACAGGUGCGAGCGCCCGCCAUGCCCCAACCCCACCGACUGCUUCGUCUCGCGCCCCACGGAGAAGAACGUUUUUGUGGCCUUCAUGGGCUCCGUCUCAGCCCUCUCGCUGCUCCUGGGCCUGUCCGAGCUCUGCUACCUGCUCCACAGGCGUCUGCGAGCCCCGGCCCACCCCUACCCCGACGGCCGGGCCGCCCGGGGUCGGAGACGCGCCAACCGCCAUGCACAGAAACGCGGCCAGAACCAGACCACUCACGUCACCGUGUGA